AUGGCUUCAAUCUUCACCCGGGCAAGGUUACUUGCCUUCUCCAAGUUCGCCGCCGCCACAGCCGUUGCGGUCCCGUCGGGUUUCCACUUUUGGACCCGCCAAUGCUGCCUCGACGAGUCGUUCUCGCCAGCGACGGACAGCCUGUUCCAGCACCCGUUCCUGAAGAAGGUGAAUCCGGACAACAAUGGCGGGUUCCACGACUGCUUCGUCCGCGAGGUGGCGUAUGAGAAUGUUCGUCCUGGGUUGCUGGAGGACGCGUUGAGCGGGGGGUCGAAGCUGGUGGAGACGUAUGCGGCGGGUGUCUGGGGGCGGUACGCUUUUACUGUACAGCGGAAACUCAUGGAGAGGGCGAGGAAGAAUGAGUCUAACGCGAGUGACAUUUGGGAGAAGGAGGAAUUGCUGAAGAGCACUUACCCCAUCGGUACGAUACUGGCGGACGACUUCAUCGUCAUCGACAAGUCGUCCAACACCCUCAUGUUCCGUGGCGGUGUGUCGCCUAGGGAGGAGGGUCCACGUGAGAUGGACACGUUCAUCACGCUCGUCACGGAGCUUGAUCCUCAUAAGCGGGUCGUCAGAUUCAAGAUCAAGUCGAUGAUGAUUGACCGAGUUAGCAAUGGCAAGGGAGCCCUGAUGGGAGUUGUCGUCGCUUUGCAUCAGCAGUAUGCGAAGCUGUUGUUGACGGCGGGCGUGGACCACUGUGUUGCGUGA